AUGGAUGGACGCAGAAAACUGAAGCGAAUCGAAUCGAAUCAGAGCAAAACCAAAGCGGAAAAAAAAAACAAAAAUGCUCCUCCGACUGAGCCCAGAACUCUCUUCUCCCUUCCUCUUCUCCUUCAAUCACCACCACCAACCUCCUCCUCUCCCCUCCUCCCUCAAACCCAUCAACCUCCGCCUCUAUCCCCCCUCGCCGCCACGUCACCCACCACCGUCGACCUCCUCGAAUCAGAUGGACAGCCCACCAAAGGUUUCGACCUCGACGCCCCCCAGUUCGCCGACGUGGCGGCAGACAAGGACCUGAAGCACUUUUCGUCGCCGCCAUUGGAGGUGACGGAGCUUGAGGAGCUCCCGGAGCAAUGGCGGAGGUCGAAGAUCGCCUGGCUUUGUAAGGAGCUGCCUUCGCAUAAGCCGGCCACGAUGGUGAGGAUCCUUGGCGCUCAGAGGAAGUGGGUUCGGCAGGAGGACGUGGGUUAUGUUGUUCUCCAUUGCAUGCGGAUUCGAGAGAACGAGGCGAGCUAUCGGGUUUACAAGUGGAUGACCCAGCAGCGCUGGUACAAGUUUGACUUUCCUCUUGUGACGAAGCUAGCAGAUUACUUGGGCAAAGAUCGAAAAAUUGCAAAAUGUCGGGAGCUUUUUGAUGAUAUCAUCAACCAGGGUCGAGUUCCCAGUGAAUCCACAUUUCAUAUCUUAAUUGUUGCUUAUUUGAGUGCCCCUGUUGAUGGCUGCCUUGAAGAGGCUUGCUCUAUUUACAACAAAAUGAUUCAGUUGGGAGGUUACAAGCCUCGUCUCAGCUUGCACAAUUCUCUAUUUAGAGCUCUUGUCAGUAAAACAGGAGGAUCUUCAAAGCAUAAUCUUAGACAAGCAGAAUUCGUCUAUCAUAAUCUUGUCACGUCUGAUCUGGAGGUGCACAAGGAUGUUUAUGUUGGACUCAUUUGGCUUCAUAGCUAUCAAGAUGCUAUCGAUAGAGAGAGGAUUGAUGAAUUAAGGGAAGAGAUGAUGAAUGCAGGUUUUGAGGAAAGCAGAGAUGUGCUUUUAUCGAUCAUGAGGGCUUCAUCAAAGUUAGGGGAUUUAGAGGAAACAGAGCGAAUUUGGCUUAAUCUACUUGAAUCCUCUGGUGGUAAUCUUCCUUCUCAAGCUUUUGUUUAUAGGAUGGAGCUCUAUGCAAAGUUAGGAGAACCAAUGAAGUCAUUAGAGAUAUUUGAGACUAUGAAGACACAAAUGCCAACAACUGUGGUUGCAUAUCAUAAAAUUGUGGAGAUCAUGUCAAAAGCCCGUGAGAUUGAUAUUGCAGAAAAGCUUAUGGAUGAAUUCUUUGAAAGUGGUAUGAAGCCUCUUAUGCCAGCAUUUCUCGAUAUUAUUUUCAUGUAUUUUGAUUUGGAAAUGCAUGAUAAGUUAGAAUUGGCAGUCUCUAAGUGCCUCACAAAAUGCCAUCCCAACCGAACCCUUUACAACAUUUAUUUGGAAUCUUUGGUAACAACCGGUAAUCUUAACAAAGCUGGGGAAAUAUUCAAUGAAAUGUAUGUAAAUGGAACCAUUGGUGCUACUUCAAGAUCAUGCAACACUAUUUUGAGGGGAUAUCUAGAUUCUGAUGAGUAUGAAAAGGCUGAAAAGAUUUACGACAUAAUGCAACAAAAGAAAUAUGAUGUUGAACCGCAACUUGUAGAGAAACUCCGACAUGUUUUUAGUCGAAAGACAAAAGUCGUUAAGCGAAGAGUGAGCAUGAAACUCGAUCAGGAGCAACGUGAGAUUUUGAUCGGUUUGUUGCUGGGCGGCAUAAGAAUAGAAUCAGGUGAAGAGAGAAGGAACCACACAUUCCAUUUCGAGUUCAGUGAGAACUCAGAAACCCAUUCUAGUCUUAGAAUGCACGUUCAUGAAAGAUUUUAUGAAUGGUUAACUUCAUCAAGCAGAUCAGUCGACGAAGAAAACGAAAUACCCUUUCGGUUUUCUACAAUCGCUCACUCGUACUUUGGAUUCUUUGCUGAUCAAUUCUGGUUAAAAAACCGAUUUGUGGUCCCAAAGCUCAUUCAUCGAUGGCUCUCGCCACGUGUUUUAGCUUAUUGGUACAUGUUUGGGGGAUUCAAGAUACCGUCAGGGGAUAUAUUGCUGAAAUUAAAGUCUAUAAACCGCGAAGACGUUGAGAGAGUUGUUAAAGCAUUGCAAGCAAAAUCUCUGGCAUGUAGAGUGAAGAGAAAGGGGAGAGUGUUUUGGAUUGGUUUGCAAGGGAGUAACGCAAAUUUGUUUUGGGAAACGGUAGAACCUUAUGUAUUAGAGAAUGUAAGAGAGAUCCUUUCACCCUGUAGUAUCAAUGGGAGGGGAGAUCAAAGAGAAGAAGGUGAGAGUCAUGAAUUUGGCACCGAAUCUGAUUCUGAUGAGCAGAGAUGAAACGUUAAACAAAAUUGUGUAUUCGCUGCGGUGAGCUUGCGACGCCCUUGAUCAUUGUAUGCUAGCAAGCAAGUGAUAUAGCAAUAUUUCACACUUCUGUGCUCCUGAUCCCAUAGAAAAAUGAUGACACAAUGAAU